CCCUGCUGCUGCUGCUCCUCAGGAGGAGAACGAAGUCACCGAGUUCUUUGUCACCCUGGAGAAAGAUCCCCAGCAGGAAGAUUUCCUGCAGGGCAGGAUGCCAGGGAAUCCCUACAGCAGCAACGAGCCUGGCAUCGGGCCUCUGAUGAGGGACAUCAAGAACAAGAUCUGCCAGGACUGUGACCUGGUGGCUCUGCUGGAGGACGACAGCGGGAUGGAGCUUUUGGUGAACAACAAGAUCAUCAGUCUGGAUCUGCCUGUGGCUGAGGUCUACAAGAAGGUGUGGUGUCCCACAAACGAGGUGUGUGUUACCUUUGGACAAGUUUAACAUCAACAAAAGGGG